AUGGCCCCGGCUGAAAGCAGUUGGGACUCUUCGAAGCUCACAGAUAUGUGGCAACAGCACGGCCAUAAUGCCUGGACCCACGUCGGCAAAGAUAGGGCAGCAGGGGCGAAGGGUAAAGGAAAAGGCAAGGCAGCUAAGGGAGAUAAAGGGAAAGGCAAAGGAAAGGGCAAGACGCAGACGAAAGCUUCAGGAACAACCGAGACCACAGGAGAAGCCACAGACGAAGGGGCAAAGGAAAGGCUAAGUCGCAGACGAAAGGGCAAAGGAAAGGGCAAGUCGCAGGCCAAAGGUUCGGGAAAAGACGAAGCCACAGGAGAAACCACCCCAGCCACACCCAAGGGCAAAGGAAAGGCUAAGUCGCAGACGAAAGGUUCAGGAAAAGACGAAGCCACAGGAGAAGCCACCACGAAGGGCAAAGGAAAGGGCAAGUCGCAGGCCAAAGGUUCGGGAAAAGACGAAGCCACAGGAGAAGCCGCAACCAAGGGCAAAGGAAAGGCAGAGGCGACGAAAGGUUCAAGAAAAGACGAAGCCACAGGAGAAGCCACACUAAAGGGCCAAGGAAAGGGCAAGUCGCAGACGGAAGGUUCAGGAACAGCCGAAGCCACAGGAGAAGCCGCGCCAAAGGGCAAAGGAAAGGCUAAGUCGCAGACGAAGGGUGCAGGAAAAGACGAAGCCACAGGAGAAGCCACGCCAAAGGGCAAAGGAAAGGCUAAGUCGCAGACGAAAGGUUCAGGAAAAGACGAAGCCACAGGAGAAGCCACACCCAAGGGCCAUAGGAGAAGCCACACCCAAGGCAAAGGAAAGGCUAAGUCGCAGACGAAAGGUUCAGGAAAAGACGAAGCCACAGGAGAAGCCACACCCAAGGGCAAAGGAAGGGGCAAGUCGCAGGCCAAAGGUUCGGGAAAAGACGAAGCAACAGGAGAAGCCGCAACCAAGGGCAAAGGAAAGGCAGAGGCGACGAAAGGUUCAAGAAAAGACGAAGCCACAGGAGAAGCCACACUAAAGGGCCAAGGAAAGGGCAAGUCGCAGACGGAAGGUUCAGGAACAGCCGAAGCCACAGGAGAAGCCGCACCAAAGGGCAAAGGAAAGGCUAAGUCGCAGACGAAGGGUGCAGGAAAAGACGAAGCCACAGGAGAAGCCACGCCAAAGGGCAAAGGAAAGGCUAAGUCGCAGACGAAAGGUUCAGGAAAAGACGAAGCCACAGGAGAAGCCACACCCAAGGGCAAAGGAAAGGCUAAGUCGCAGACGAAAGGUUCAGGAAAAGACGAAGCCACAGGAGAAGCCACACCCAAGGGCAAAGGAAGGGGCAAGUCGCAGGCCAAAGGUUCGGGAAAAGACGAAGCCACAGGAGAAACCACCCCAGCCACGAAGGGCAAAGGAAAGGCCACGUCCCCGUCGAAAGGAGCCGCAAAGGUGCAGAAACUCUCGUCGGAGAAGAUCGAAGCGAUUUUGGCAAUGACGGAGCCUGGUGAGUUAGACUUGCCUACCAGGAAGCGACUGAACGAAGCAAUGCGACGGCGGUUCGAAAGUGCAGAUGGACUCAAACCAGGACUGCUUGAGAAAUGGAAGGCGACCAAAGAUCCGGGCGAUAAGUGGAUGCCUCUGUUUGCCUUCUUGAAGGCAUUCGUGCAGCACAAGGACAUGCCCGACAUCGAAGUCGAAACGUUCUAUGUUGAGAAUUGGAUCUCAUUGCCGCUAAGCGAGCUUCGUAAGCUGUACACAACAGAAGCCCAGCAGAAGUUCUUGGAAGAGCAAGUGGUCGCCAGACAACGUGGCACUGCUCACCCACAGGACUACGGUGCAAAGACGAAGGAGGUUGGCACGAAAACCUCCGGAAGAGCCAAGUUGCCGGCCAACAAGGCUGCCAGAGCUGCCUUUGCCGAGACCAUUCAGAACAAGGCUGACUCGUUCGCCGGCAGUUGGAACAGUGUCGGAGAAGCAGGGAAGUCUGGUGGUAAGGGAGGUGGUAAUAAAGGCAAAGGAGGAAAUGGAAAGGGGAAGAAGGAACUCACGCUUGAAGAAAAGGAGAAGAAGGACUUCCAGCGAGACUUGCAACAGCUGCGACAAUUGGGCGACAAGGCCUUGACUGCUGCCACGAACCUGAAGUCUACCGGGCUGAAGCGACAGGAGGCCCGGCCAGCAGCUGACGUCCAGCAUAUGGGUGAUGUGAAUACCCAGUGCUACGGCAUUCUGGCGGAGUGCAACACACUCCUCUUCUCAUCCGAGCCACUUUCCAAAGCCAGAGAGUACCUGGAAUAUGCGAAGGACGUGGCACAUGCCGAGGGUGUGUUCCAGACCUUUGAGCUACGCAAAGCUUCCGAGAAGCGAAAACGGGAAAAGGAAGAGGUGAAGAAGCAGGCUACGGCAGAUCUGGUCGCCUGCUUCAACUACCAGAAAUGCUGGAGAUUGGACGCGAAGAAAAACCACUGGGGACAUGUCAACAUCCUAGAGGUCUCUGAAGCAACCAUGGCGAAAGGUUCUUCCGGAGCCGCACAAGAUCUGGGUUCCCUAUGCCCGCCUCUUGGGGUGAACCUGGAUGCAGCCGGCAACGAAGAUCGGGGCUGGUACGAACACAGCAUGUUCCUCCCUCACGAAGUGAUGGGCUGCAUCUACAAUUUCGACCGGGACUUCUUUCACAAGCUCUUUGGGAGAUUCGAGAAUACUGCCAGAAAUCGAGAGAAUUUGCUUCACACUGGUGGUUCAAUCACCCGGCUCUCGCUGAAGCUGGUGAUUUCUUUGUGCCUGUGCGACUAUAUGGCGAUGGAGCUGAAAGCUACCGAACCUGGUCAGGGUGUCUAUCCGUCGGUGGAUAUGAAUGGCGAAUGCUUGAAGGGCUCUCGUCGUGAACAAGCUGGUCGUCGAAUCUGCGGAAAGUACACGGUGGUUCUGGAUGCUUUUCAGAUGGACCAAGAGUUCAUCAGCAAGUGUUUUCGGCUGCAGAGAUUCUUCCCUGCAACAUAA